AUGGAGAACGAGGAGCUUUUUGCGGGCGAAAGCGCGCUCGAUGCACAACAACAGGCUGGGGGUGAGCGUCCUGCGGCUGCAGCGACUAAGAAUACCCCGAUGCGCGUUCAUACGGAACCCCUGCUGGUGGGCGAUGAUGACUUGGAGGAAGAAUGGCCGCGGGAUGACGGGCAAUCCGAUGAAACAGACUGUCGACCGCGAUGGAGACGACCACACAUUAUGUGGCUAUUGCCAUUUGGCCUGCUUUUCACGCUGGGCUUUGGCGGCCUUGCUGUCCCAAAAAUUAAUCUGAUCAUGAGUUUGAUUUGCCGGGAUUACUUCUCGGAGAGAUCCAUGAAGGACUCAAAUUUUACAUAUUUGCCCGUCGUUUUUGGAGAAGACAAUUCCCAAUGUCGGCUUCCUGAAGUGCAGUCCUUGGUGGCGCGCUUUCAGCUGUACCUGAACCUUAUCACAGGUAUCAUAUCGGCACUGGUGAGCCCUCGCCUGGGUCACUUGUCCGAUCGCUAUGGCCGCACAAAGUUGAUCGCGCUGGGCGCGACAGGUGCUGUUCUCAAUGAAGUCAUCACCGUCCUCUUAGCCAAGUGGCCUGAGCAUAUGCCGGUCAACUUGCUUUUCCUUGGAGCUGUGAUGGAUGGUCUAGGAGGCUCCUUUACUGGCGCCACAGCCCUGAUUCAUUCUUAUGCCACUGACUGCACGCCUCCCGACCGCCGCAGCGUGGCAUUUGGUUUGUUUCACGGCGCCCUGUUCUUGGGCAUCGCGGCUGGCCCUACGGGCGCAGCAUAUAUCAUUAAACAGACUGGAAAAGUGCUGAUCGUCUUCUUGAUUGGUCUCAUCUUCCAUGCCGUUUUUGUACUAUCAGUGUUUCUCAUUGUGCCCGAGAGUCUUUCGAAGGAGCGCCAGCUUGCUGCACGAGAGAGGCAUCUUGCCAAGAAGGCGAGCACCGAACCUUCCAAAUGGUACUCCUUGCAAACUCUCAACCCAAUAAACCUCCUAUCACCCCUUUCGAUCUUAUUGCCUGCCGUUGGCCGUCCAAGCGUUUUGUUCCCUAACCGUCGAGGUGCCAGCCCGGCUCUUCGGAGGAACAUCAUCCUGUUGGCUGCGAUGGACACGGCGGUCUUUGGUGUCGCGAUGGGUACUAUGCAAGUCAUCAUCAUAUAUGCCGAAUAUAUGUUCAACUGGGGCAAUGUUGAAUCCAGCCUCUUUGUGUCAAUCAUCAACAUCGUUCGGGUGAUCAACUUGUUUGUCGUCCUUCCGAUUGUUGCCCGAUUCUUCCGCACUCCAUCCGCCAACGAUGGCAUCAUUCGGGGAUCGGACAUGCUUGACAUAGUUCUUAUCCGGCUGUCAGUGGUAUUCGAUGUGCUUGGAUAUAUCGGAUACGCGUUGUCCAAACACCCGGCAAUGAUGAUUUUCUCUGGCGCUGUCGCGUCGAUCGGUGGUAUGGGUUCGCCGACUCUGCAAUCUUCUCUCACCAAACACGUUCCACACGAACGUAUUGGACAACUUCUCGGUGCUACCGGCUUGUUGCAUGCUCUGGCCCGAGUGGUUGCACCCACUGUCUUCAAUCUAAUCUACAGUAUGACAGUGGCAACCUAUCCUCAGACGGUGUUUGUCUCUCUUGCAGCUGUCUUUGGACUGACUUUCCUGAUGAGUCUACUUAUCCGACCCCACGUCACCCUGGACGAUGACCCUCCACUAGACGUGACUGUUGAGGCUAACGAAGAAGGCGAGAGCGAGGAAGAUCAGCUGCUCUUGCCAUGA